CCUUAUUUUGCAGUGAAACAGAUAAGUGAUUAUAGUAAAACAGAAACGAUCAUGAUAGAAAAAAAGGCACCUAUACUGUGCCUGCUAGCAUUGGUAGGACUGACGUUUUCUGCUCCAGUGAAUGAGAUUUCCGCUGAUGAAGAGCUUUAUGAAGCAACGGCAACUGAAUUGGAGUGGAAAGGUGACCAUUUCGAAGGUGACAUAAUUCUAACCAACAAUCAGGAAGAUAUCAUAGCAGAUGGUAGAACUUCGCUGAUUGGAUCAACGUAUCGUUGGCCAAACAAUAUUGUCUAUUACUCGAUCGACACCAAUGCAUUCUCAACAACCCAGCAGAAUGCCAUAAAAUCAGCCCUGGAACAGAUAAUGCAGGUUUCCUGCUUGAAGUAUGUCGAAAGAACCACUGAGAUAGACUAUGUUCGAGUGACGGGUGAAUACACCGGUUGUUGGUCCUAUCUAGGUCGUCGCGGUGGAGCGCAGCAACUGAACCUGCAGCCGAACGGAUGUAUGAGCCGGGGUACCAUCAUGCACGAAUUUCUUCAUGCUUUAGGUUUCGUUCACAUGCAAAGUGCCUCGGACCGGGACUUCUAUAUUAAAAUAAAUUGGGCCGCCAUCCAGUCCGGAAAGGAAAGCAACUUCAAUCGAUAUAGCUCGUCGGUUAUCGACGAUUUCGGUAUUCCAUAUGAUUACCUCAGUGUAAUGCAUUACGGAGCAACGGCCUUCAGUAGUAACGGUGAGGCAACAAUAAUUCCGUUCGAUACCACUGUUUCCAUUGGACAACGAGUUGGGUUGAGCUACAAGGACAUCAAGCGUUUGAAUAAGUUGUACCCAGAGUGUCAAUAAAUUGGUAGUUUACUGACGUGCAGGAAAGUACCUGCAAGUGGUUUUACUGAUUAUUUUGCACAAAAAAUGUUCUUCCCUUCUUCAAAACUUAACCGAAAAAAAUUACAAGUAACUAUUAUAUUGUAGCGUUUUUGAAUGGGUAUUAAAGAUUGUUUUAAUAAUGUUUAAAUU